CUGGCUGCCUGCUGGAGGAACGUAGCAACCGCUGGAGAGGAGUGGGCACGGAGGGCCCGCCUACUGUCGCUCCCGGAGGUCGCCCCGGAACCUGGACCGCCCACCAAGCUCUGGAGGGCCCUUGGCGCCUCAUGAUUCGUGUAGACUCCAGGCUGGCUCUCCACAGCAUCCAGCCCGCUGUCAUCCUGGUGUGCUUCAGUGAAGAGAAAGGGGUGCCAGUCAUUGCCCAAGAUCCUGGAGCUGCCCCGGGGACUGUCAGGCAGUGAGGCUCCUCAAGCAGUAGCCUGAGCAGGUGCCUCCAUGCCUUUUGGACGGAAACGUUGGUAGAAGUGGAGAAGGAGCUGGGCUGCUGCAGACUGGAGGGGGGCUGGGGAAAGAGACCGUGACCCUCCUGCACUUGACCGGCAUCGCCGGUGUCCCUCCGCCGGCCUCCUGCCUCAUGCUCUGGUCUUGCACUGACACCUGGGUUUCUGCCACCCCACGGCCACUGGCGACUAGAAAGUACCCUCCCUCCGCUUUUCUGGAUCCAACAUAGGUGCCGCCCUGCCCCUCCCUCCAAGACGGCUUCCUUGACUGCCUGGCCUCCCCUCCCCAACCCCCCUUUGCCCGUGUUUGCGGCUGGAACCGUGCUAUCUGGCUGGCAGCGAUGGGCGCUGUUCUGCUGGUGCCAUAGUGAAGAGCUGGUCUUGACAGGCCGGGGUCGGGGGAGCAAAGGGACCUGCUGGCCCUUGAGCGGGGGUGUCAGAGACAGGCACCCAGCGCAGGCCGAGCGGACGGGGCGUCCUUUGGGGCGAGCAGCCCGCUGACUGCCAGUGGCACCUGCGUCACCGUGACGGAGCUGCCGGGGCCCCGGCCACCUGGACCCACUUUGUCUCAUGGAGCCUCGGGGUGAGAAGUCGGGAGAGGCCGACGGGGUGUGCGUCACCCCUCAGCUGCUCAAGGCGCGCUCAGGAGAGUUCGCCCUGGAGUCCAUCCUGCUGCUGAAGCUGCAGGGCCUGGGGCUGGUGGACCUGGGCUGCCUGGGGGAGUGCCUGGGCCUCGAGUGGCUGGAUCUUUCGGGCAACGCGCUCACCCAGCUGGGCCCGCUGGCCUCCCUGCGCCAGCUGGCCGUGCUCAACGUGGCCAACAACCGGCUGACGGGGCUGGAGCCCCUGGCCGCCUGCGAGAACCUGCAGAGUCUCAACGCCGCGGGCAACCUGCUGGCCGGCCCCGGGCAGCUGCAGUGUCUGGCGGCGCUGCGGGGCCUCGAGCGCCUGCGGCUCCGCGACCCCUUGGCCCGGCUCAGCAACCCGCUGUGCGCCAGCCCCUCCUACUGGGCCUCGGUCCGAGAGCUGCUGCCCGGCCUGAAGGUCAUCGACGGCGAGCGCGUGAGCGGGCGCGGCAGUGACUUCUACCAGCUGUGCCGGGACCUGGACAGCUCCUUGCGCCCCAGCUCCGGCUCCGGCCCGCGAGCCGUGGAGGCCCAGCCGUGGGUGGAGCCCGGCUACUGGGAGUCCUGGCCGACGCGCAGCGGCGCCGUCCUGGAGGAGGCCUGCCGCCAGUUCCAGGACAUGCUGCGGGAGUGCCACGACCUGGACCGCCAGGCCAGGGACAGCCUGGCCCAGGCCGAGCAGGCGCUCAGCCCCGCCCGCGCCACCUCCUUUGUCUUUUGAAUGCGCCCCGUGGCCACGGCCCGUGGGGUUGGCACGCUGCGGCCUCCCUGCUUGUCUUCGUGGUUUCAUCAUGCUGGCCACUGGCCCUGCACUCGGGCCUCUAAUGGGCCCCCUUCCCUAAGAGCAGGCCCCCUCCCUCUCACACCUCCCUCAAGGAAAAUUCCCCACCCAUCCGUCAGGGACACACCUCCCUUGGGCCCUCCUCAGGCAGCUGGCACCGUGUGGGGCUGUCCUGCAGCUGCGCUGUGCUCCUGGGAGGAGGCCCGGCCUUCUCGUGUCCAUCGCUGCUGCCACUCGUGGCUGCCUGAGGCUGAGGCUUAGUGGGAUAAAGUUGCUCGGUCCUAAGGCUAAAGGUGAGAGGCAGCGAACCUCCUGCCCAGCCCGUCCUGGGAGAGGACGCAGGAGAGCGCGGAGCGUGGAAGCCGCAUCUUCCAGGUUGGCCUGUCCAAGUGACCCUCUGCUGUGCCCCCCCAGUCCCAGGUCUCCCGGAAGCCUCCGCUGCCACGCCCACCCGUGCCAAUCCCCAUUAAAUACUCGUGUUUUAAUUUGCA